AUGAGCUACCCAGGCUACCCCCCGCCCGCAGGUGGCUACCCACCAGCUGCACCAGGUGGCGGUGCCUGGGGAGGUGCUGGCUACCCGCCACCCACCAUGCCUCCCAUCGGGCUGGAUAAUGUGGCCAACUAUGCAGGGCAGUUCAACCAGGACUAUCUCUCAGGAGUGGCAGCCAACAUGUCCGGGACGUUUGGAGGAGCCAACGUGCCAAACCUGUACCCAGGGGCUCCUGGGGCUGGUUACCCUCCAGUUCCCCCGGGGAGUUUUGGGCAGUCCCCUCCCGCCCAGCAGCCUGUUCCUUCGUAUGGAAUGUACCCGCCCCCUGGAGGAAACCCACCCUCUGGGAUGCCUUCAUAUCCGCCAUACCCAGGGGCCCCUGUGCCAGGCCAGCCCAUGUUGCCCCCUGGGCAGCAGCCCCCGGGGGCCUACCCUGGACAGCCGCCCAUGACUUACCCUGGACAGUCACCAAUGCCACCUCCUGGGCAGCAGCCGGUGCCAAGCUAUCCAGGGUACUCAGGUUCUGGGACUGUCACCCCUGCCGUGUCCCCAGCCCAGUUUGGAAACCGAGGCACCAUCACAGAUGCAUCUGGCUUUGACCCCCUGCGAGAUGCUGAGGUCCUGCGGAAGGCCAUGAAGGGCUUUGGGACUGACGAGCAGGCCAUCAUUGACUGCCUGGGUAGUCGCUCCAACAAGCAACGGCAGCAGAUCCUCCUGUCCUUCAAGACAGCAUAUGGGAAGGAUUUGAUCAAAGAUCUGAAAUCUGAACUGUCAGGAAACUUUGAGAAGACAAUCUUGGCCCUGAUGAAGACGCCUGUCCUCUUUGAUGCUUAUGAGAUAAAGGAAGCUAUCAAGGGGGCGGGCACUGAUGAAGCCUGCCUGAUUGAGAUCCUCGCCUCCCGCAGCAAUGAGCACAUCCGGGAACUGAACAGACUCUACAAAACAGAAUUCAAAAAGACUCUGGAGGAGGCCAUUCGGAGCGACACGUCAGGGCACUUCCAGCGACUCCUCAUCUCUCUCUCUCAGGGGAACCGGGAUGAAAGCAUGAACGUGGACAUGACUCUCGUCCAGAGAGAUGUGCAGGAGCUCUAUGCAGCUGGGGAGAACCGCCUGGGAACAGAUGAAUCCAAGUUCAAUGCAAUUCUGUGCUCCCGGAGCCGGACCCACCUGGUGGCAGUUUUUAAUGAGUAUCAGAGAAUGACAGGACGUGACAUUGAGAAGAGCAUCUGCCGGGAGAUGUCCGGGGACCUGGAGCAGGGCAUGCUGGCUGUGGUGAAAUGUCUUAAGAAUACCCCAGCCUUCUUUGCUGAGAGGCUCAACAAGGCCAUGAGGGGAGCAGGAACCAAAGACCGGACCCUGAUCCGCAUCAUGGUGUCUCGCAGCGAGAUCGACCUCCUGGACAUCAGAGCGGAGUAUAAGCGGCUGUAUGGCAAGUCGCUGUACCACGAUAUCACGGGAGACACUUCAGGGGAUUACCGGAAGAUUCUGCUGAAGAUCUGUGGUGGCAACGACUGA